AUGCCCUCGGCGGGGGCCGGCCACGGCCCCGGGCCCGGCGCCAAUGGCCCCCUGGCGGCCCCGGCCGUGGCCGCGUCGCCCCUGUCUCCCUUCGCCCAGGCGCCGGGUGAGGCCGGCGGCAUGCCGGCCGGCGGGCCCAUUCGCCGGCUGCCCAUCAGCCGCCGGUCCAGCCAGUACGGCGCGCCGGCCGGCGCCGGCGGGCUGCUCCCGGGCCACGGCGCCUCGGGCUCCAGCCCCGCCGCCGGGGCCAAGCCCUUCUCGCCCUUUUCGCCGUUUGCCGCGGCCGGGGGGGCCUCCCCGGCGGCCGAGGCCGCCGCCGGUGUCACCUCGCCCCCGAUGGCCGGCGUGCACUCGCCCUUCGCCCCGGCCCCCGCGGCCGGCGCCGGCCCGCAUUCGCCCUUCGCCCCGCCGAUGGAUUCGCUCGCCAAGCCGGCCCCCGCGGGGGUCGGCCAGCGGACCGGCCCGGCGCCGCCCCUCAACCGGCGCCUGUCCACCAUGGGCAUGCCGAAUGCCGGCAGCAGCGGGUCCUUCGACCUGGGCCCCGGGGCCACGGCGGCCGGGGUGCUGGAGCCCCGCAAGCAGUCGCUCAACAGCUGCAUGAGCCUCAUCUAUGAGCAUGUGGUGAAGCUGCGCCUGCAGGUGAACCUGGCGGCCGGCGUCUGGCCGCCGCCCACCAUCGUCGACGACAUCCUCAGCUGCUGCCAGACCAUCGCCAAGUCCAUGAAGGGCAUCCUGAUGAUCUUCGAGGAUGUGGUGUCGGCCGAGCGCCAGCGCCUGGCCAUCGAAAAGCAGGCCAUCCUCAGCCAGUGGGGCGCCGAGCGGCUGGACAUCCAGGCCGUGGCCAUUGUCCUGGCCCUGCAGGGGGUCAUCGUGGCCGAGCACCGCCAGCAGGAGGAGGUCGAGGAGCGCCGGAAGUACAUCCAAUCGCGGCAGGAGAAGUUCGCCACCCCCUCGGAAACCUGGCGCCAGAAGUCCAAGAACAUGGACUACGAGCGCUUCUACUCCGGGCUCUGCACGCCGAACCUCCUGGGCGACGACACGGCCCUCAUGGAGCUGGCCACCGGGCCCGGGAGCCAGGCCCCGGCCGCCCCGGCAUCGCCCACGGACCAGGCCCCGGCCGAGGCGGCCGGCGCCACCUCGCGCCACGUGCCGGCGGCCAAUGGCUUCCUCACGCAGGAUGGCGACCUGGCGCUGGACAUCCGCCACGACGCGUCCACCAACAUGCGGCGGUUCUUCGUGCGGGCCGGCACGCCGGAGGCCCUGGUCCGGCUGCUGGUGUCCAAUGUCUACAUCGGCAUGGAGUACCCGCAGGCCUUCUUCAUGUCCUACCGGUCGUUCGCCUCGCCGUCGGAACUGCUGUCCAUGAUCAUCGAGCGGUAUAACAUCACCCCGCCGGAUUACCUGGAGCACCCGUGCCAAAUCGAGUACUACUAUGUCAAGCGCAUUGUGCCGAUCCGCGAGCGGGCGGUGGUGGUGCUGAACAUGUGGCUGACCCAGCACUUUGAGACGGACUUCCUGGCCGAGCAGCAGGCCCUGCUGGAGCAGCUCCAGGCCUUCCUCCGGGGGCGCAUGCGGGUCACCGACGAGCCGCAUGCCCUGCUGCUGGAGCGCUCCAUCGAGCGCCGGUUCCAGGUGGCCCGGGGGGCGGCGGCGGCGGCGGCGGCGGCGGCCGCCGCGGCGACCGGCGACCCGGGCGAUGCGGAUGCCGCGGAUGCCGCGGCCGCCGCGGCCGGCGUGUCCACCGGCGUGUCGGGCUACACCACCGGCGGCCCGGCGGCCCUGUCGGAGUCGCAGCUCCGCAGCGCGCCGCCGGUGCUCAAGCCGACGGCCUUCUUCGCCCCGGCGGCCGACGCCUCGGACCUGCUGUUCAUCGACCCGCUGGAGGUGGCCCGCCAGCUGACCCUCAUCGAUUACCAGCUCUUCUCCACCAUCCGCGGCAAGACCGAGCUCAUGAACCAGGCCUGGUCCAAGGACUCGCUCAAGCACCGGGCCCCGAAUGUCCGGGCCCUGAUCAAGCGCUCCAACGACCUGACCUACUUUGUGGCCACGGAGUUGCUCCGGUGCCGGUGCAUGGGCGAGCGCCAGCGCCGGCUGGCGCACUUCAUCCUGGUGGCCUCGCGGUGCAUGCAGCUUGGCAACAUGAAUUCCGCCUUCUCGGUGUACGCCGGCCUGGCCUCCUCGCCCAUUCACCGGCUCAAGCGCACCUGGGCGCCCAUCCUGUCCGGCGGCAAGUCCGGCGUGGAGCCCGUGUCCGAGGGGUCGGUCAUGCACCAGCAGCAGCUGGCGGCCACGGCUGCCGCGGCCGCGGCCGCCGCCGCCGCCGCCGCCUCUGCCGCUGCGUCCGCCGCCGCCCUGCAGCUGCCCUCCACGCCGACGUCGCAAGACCAGCGCAGUCCCAAGACCCCGUGGGUCGCGGCCCCCGGCGCCGGGUCCACCGAGGCCACCCCUUCGCCCUCGGCGGCGUCCAGCUCCACCGACAUGCCGGUGGCCGCGUCGCUGCGUGACCUGCAUGCCCAGCCGGCUGGCGGUGUGGUCGCGGCGACCGCCCAGCCGCCCUUGUCGCCGGGCGGCGCGACGCCGCCGGUCGGCCCGGCGGACGGCCUGUCCGUGGCCAUCCCCCCGGCCGGGUCGGUGUCCGCCGCCGGGCAGCCACUCACCCCGAGCGACCUGGCCCGGUUGAAGGCCGCUCGCGCGGCGGCCGUGGCCGCGGCCCCGCCGGUGGCCCUGACCGUGGCCGGCAUCGCCGCCGGCGACCAGGCCCUCUUCGAGCAGGCCGCCGAGGCGUGGACCCAUCUGGAGAGCAUCACCAGCCCGGCCAAGAACCACGGCGCCUACCGGCAAAUUCUCCAGGGCGCCAGCGCGCCCUUCAUCCCCUUCCUCGGCCUCUACCUGACGGAUUUGGUCUUCAUCGACGACGGCAACCCCGACACGGUGUUCCUGCCGCCGACCGAGAAGAACUGCUUCACCUCCACGGUGGCGGUCAACUUCGACAAGCACUUCAAGGCCUUCCAAAUCAUCUCGGAGAUCGAGCGCUUCCAGUCGAUCCCCUUCGCCUUCCGCACGUGGACCGAGCUGCUGGAGAUUCUCCUGUCUCGUUGCGACGCCAGUUUGCUGUUCGACGAUAACAUGAUGUACCAGCAGUCCCUGGUGGCCGAGCCGCGCGCCGCGCGCCGGCCCAUCGCCCGGUCCUGA